AUAGAGAAAGCCAAAACAUGCAAUGAAAAACAGUGAUCAAAAUCAGAAAAUUGCUCUAGAGAGAAGAAUAAAUCUACAUUAUUAUCAUUUUCGUAAAUCAUAUUUUAUAUCGAUGAAAAUCAACUGAUAAUUUUGACAUCAAUCUCCGUGUGAGUCACAGCCUCACUAUAUUAAGUGAUUUGGAUGCGGUUGAGGUCUCAAAUCCAAGAUGUCGGCACUGGAAACUCUGUACGGCUAUCUCCCCUGCGUCAAAGUUCCGCGGGGUGGGGAGAAGAUAUACAAGGAUGAAUGCAUAUACUGCUACGACAACCCGGAGUCUGAAGGUGGCCUGUUUGUGUGUUUGAAGUCGUACAUGGGCCUGUGUCAACUGCAUGUCCAGAAGUUCUAUGAGAAGUUCCCAGAGAACCCCAUCUACCUGCACCUGAAGAGGACCAAAAUAGAGAUCUCAGGUGCAGCAGGAGGUGGGGAAACUGAUGACCCUCCAGCCAAGAAACCAACAAGGCUGGCCAUUGGUGUUGAAGGAGGUUUUGAUGUGAAUGAAGAGGGCCGUUAUGAGAUCCAGGAGGAGAUUGCCAUUGUGGUGAUGCCUGGAUAUGAGUCCUUCCCCUACCCAAGUAUAGAGGACACACCUGUCCAGAUCCAGUUGGCGAUAGAAGGUAUCCUGAAGUCUUCAGGAGCUGACAAGCAGUCUGCAGUAGAAGCCUGGGAUGGAGAGGUCAGACAAGUUAGCAAACAUGCAGAUAAGUUAGAGCAGCUGGACAAUGGAGUCAAGGUGCCUCCCAAAGGCUGGAAGUGCUCCAGAUGUGACCUUGUGGAAAACCUGUGGAUGAACCUGACAGAUGGGAGCAUCGCGUGCGGACGUAGGUACUUUGACGGGUCGGGUGGGAACAACCAUGCCGUGGACCACUUCAGGGAGACAGGCUUCCCCCUGGCCGUCAAGCUGGGGACCAUCACCCCUACUGGAGCAGAUGUUUACUCCUAUGAUGAGGAUGAGAUGGUGGAAGAUCCUCACCUGGCCAGACACUUGGCCCACUUUGGCAUCAACAUGAUGAGUAUGGAGAAGACUGACAAGACGAUGACAGAGCUGGAAAUUGACAUUAACCAGAGGGUGGGAGAGUGGGCGACUAUCCAGGAGUCAGACAAGCAGCUGAAGCCCAUGUACGGGCCGGGGUACACCGGGAUGAAGAACAUGGGCAACAGCUGUUAUCUCAACUCUGUCAUGCAGGUCAUCUUCACACUACCUGACUUCCGCAAAAGAUAUUUUGAAGAAUAUGAUUUAAUCUUAAACAGAGCACCUGAAGAGGCCCCCAGUGACUUUACCACCCAAAUGGCAAAGGUUGGGUACGGUCUGUUGUCAGGUACCUUCUCCAACCCACCUGAAGAGGAGAUGGCCGCAGCUGCAGCUGCACCACCUGCCAAAAAAGUCCAGAAUGGCAUCACCCCCCGGAUGUUUAAGACGUUGAUAGGGAAGGGCCACACAGAGUUCUCUACAAACAGACAACAGGACGCACAGGAGUUCUUCCUUCAUCUCAUCAAUAUCAUCGACAGACAUUCGAGAGGCACAUUCAACCCGACAGUAUGUUUAAAGUACAUGGCAGAGGAACGUAUCCAGUGUGUCCAGUCUGGCAAGGUUAGGUACAAGCAGCGGUCAGACUACCUUCUGUCCCUGCCUGUACCUGUGGAGCUGGCAGAGAACAGAGAGGAGCUAAUUGUGUAUGAAACAAGGAAGAGAGAAAAGGAAAGCAAAGGGGAGAAAAUGGACCCUAAGGAGUUGGUGAGAGCUAAGCUAUCCCUGCAGACAUGUCUGGACAGCUGGGCUGAGCCUGAGUCUAUCCAGGACUUCUACAGUAGUGCUCUACAGGCCAGAUCUGUGGCCAACAAGACGACAAAAUUUGCUACCUUCCCAGAAUAUUUAAUGGUGCAUCUGAAGAAGUUCACAAUAGGUGAAGACUGGGUGCCCAAGAAGUUAGAUGUGUCCAUGAGCAUCCCUGAUGAACUGGACCUGGAACAUUUGAGGGGGAAGGGGAUACAGCAGGGGGAGGAAGAGCUUCCAGAGGGGGAAGAACCACCGAUGGAAGAGCCUGCUGGAGCUGGUGCUGGGGCUACUGCUGCUGCUGCUACAGGACAAAAAGCUGAGCCUGAGAUAGAUGAGGGAACAGUGAUCCAGCUGUCAGAGAUGGGGUUCCCUACAGAAGCCUGUAGGAAGGCUGUGUACUACACCUCCAACUGUGGGGCUGAGGCUGCCAUGGACUGGAUCAUGCAGCACAUGGAGGAUCCUGAUUUUGCAGCACCCCUGCAGAUCCCGCGAGCGCCUGCAGGACAGCGGCCGGAGCCAGAAGGCGCUGCAGCAGGAGGUCCCAGGGCUGCCGAGUCCUCCGCAGGCCUGAGUGAGGAGGCUGUCACCAUUCUGGAGGCCAUGGGUUUCACCAGGGGACAGGCUAUACGGGGGCUGAAGGCUACAGAUAAUGAUUUGGAGAGAGCAGCGGACUGGUUGUUCAGCCACUCUGAUGAGCUGGACACCAUGCCCAUGGACACAGCAGAGCAGGAAAGUCUCCCCGUACCUUCAAAUGCACAGGUCCAGGACGGCACUGGAAAGUACAAACUUGUAGCCUUUAUCAGCCACAUGGGGACCUCUACAAUGUGUGGCCACUAUGUCUGCCAUAUCCUGAAGGAUGGAAGAUGGGUUAUCUACAAUGAUGAGAAGGUUGCCGUCUCGGAGAAUCCACCAAAAGACCUUGCCUACCUGUACCUGUACCAGAGGAUACAGUGAAACAAACAGCUUUACCCAGAAUAGUUACUAAAAUAGUUUAUCAAACCUUUAACCAGCUAUUUCUCACAAGCAGUUGGCAGAAAAAGUUACUUGUUGGUUGACAGUUAUCUGAAAGUGAAAACUGUACCAGUCUGUAACUGGAGUUUAUUAAUGUUGAAAGUUGGAUAAAAGGAUUUCAAUUUACAUAGGAAAUGCAGAAGGUAGUGUUGAUUUUGUUUUCACACAUUUCUCAAUUUAGUCACUUGCAGCUUUACAUGAUAUAUUACCAUUUAAAAAAAUAUCCUUUAUCGAAUUAUGCACAGCUUAGAUGGUUACACUCAGUUUCAAUAAUGCAAAUUAUUAAAAAACUGUUCUUGAUAUUAAGCAUCUUCAUUGUAGGCAGAGAUAUCCUUUAAAAGAGUAAGAUGUUUUCUAGUUGAUGUGUUGCAAUGAGGACAUAUUUCUCUUUUUUGUAACUUUAUAUUUCUUAUUUAGCUUCUCAAUGGAGCAGCUAAAUUCUCCAAUGUUAAAUAUGAAUGGGACAUUUAGGUAGAUUAGUUUUGUUGUCUUACUCUGGCAGUAAAGGGAGAGGGGUAAUAACUAUUAGGAAAUAAUAUUUACACUGAAAGACGUAAGGAUUUGGCUUUGGUUACAUUUUAUUAUUUGACUAUAUUACCUGGAAAUAUCCUGGGUAUUACACACUUGUUAAGCUUUUCUCGACUGCAGAUUGCUACAUGUUUUUAUAUCAUGUAAAAGAAUAACAGUAGAAAGAGUGGUCAAAAUGAGCAAUUAUUACGGUGGUAUCCAGCUUAACUGGAGAGAGGCGCUAGAACACUAGUCCCCGGCACUGAAUAUAAGGGGGAACUAAUAACAAGAAUAAUCUUCACGAUGCUUCAGAGUAACAAAUACAACCCAAGAAAAUCUGUUCAUGUUUUUCCGGCAUCUUCCACUGGGAAAAUAAAGUUUAUAACCUGAAAUGACAUUUGAUGUUGUCUCUUUCUUAGAAAUACACUUUCUAACAGUAAAACAUCUUGUUUUGAUACAAGUCAUUCUCUAGUACUAGUGUAACGUUAGUACUUUUCAGAAAUCUCACUAUAC